AGCUUCAUAGCAGCUAACUUGCAGCUGGCUAGCUUAGCUUCGAGGCUAGCAGCAGCCCCGCAGGGUGUAACGAUGGCAGCGGAACCGACGCAUUACUACUGAUGCUAAAGUGAACGAAGCCUGUGACUCUUCUAACGCGCAAUUACUCAUUGAAGAGCCGCGCUAGCUGCUAGCCCACUUGCUAACGGCUAACUAGCUCGGUUAGCUCCCGACAGCAGCAGCAGCCGCCGCUCAUCGCUGCUCCCGUCAAACCCGCUAAAGCCGUUAAGAUGGAAACAAACGUCCCGAAGCGACGCGACAACAAGAAGUCUCUGCGCGUGAAGGUGAUCAGCCUCGGGAACGCGGAGGUGGGGAAGAGCUGCAUCAUCAAACGUUAUUGCGAGAAGAGGUUUGUCCCAAAGUAUUUGGCCACAAUCGGCAUCGACUACGGCGUCACCAAAGUUCAGGUCCGAGACAGAGAAAUCAAAGUGAACAUCUUUGACAUGGCGGGUCAUCCCUUCUUCUACGAGGUGCGUAACGAGUUCUACAAGGACAGUCAGGGCGUCCUCCUGGUCUACGACGUGGGCCUCAGGGAGAGCUUCGACGCCCUGGACAGCUGGCUCGGGGAGAUGAAACAGGAAAUGGGCUCUCAGGCCAACAUGGAGAGCAUCGUCUUCAUCGUGUGCGCCAACAAGGUGGACCUGACGAAGCGGCGCGCGGUGGACGAGGGGGAGGGGCGUCUCUGGGCGGAGUCACGAGGGUUCCAUUACUUUGAGACGUCGGCUCAAAGCGGAGAGGGCAUCAACGAGAUGUUCCAGGCCUUCUUCUCCUCCAUCACCGACAUGUGUGAGAACGGAGGGAAGCGCCCGGUGUCGGAGGUCAGCGUGGGCUUCACCAAAGAGCAGGCCGACACCAUCCGACGCAUCCGCAACAGCAAAGACUCCUGGGACAUGUUGGGGGUGAAGCCUGGAGCCACCAGGGAGGAGGUGAACAAGGCGUACAGGAAGUUGGCCGUGCUGCUGCAUCCUGAUAAGUGCGUUGCCCCCGGCAGCGAAGACGCCUUCAAGGCCGUGGUGAACGCUCGCACGUCGUUGCUGAAGAACAUCAAGUAACUGAAUGCCAUUGGACGCCAGCGGGCCAAUCACAGGCCGCUUGUGGGAAUUAAACGUCACGUUGCUGUUUUUCAUCAUGACGUUUAGUUCAAAGUAUUUAAUCUUGGCUUUGUGUCGGUGUAAGAAGUCUACGGAAGACAAGGAGCGCCACAGAUACAUCAAAUAUUUAAAUGAAUACAACAAUUUGGGUUAACUCUCCUUGAAUUCCAGAGCUUUAAAAAACGAUCAAAACGAUUUUUAAAAAUUGAACUUUGUUCCGCACAAUAAAAACAGAGAUUAAAAUCAGCGCGGUUAAAUUAAAGUCAAAAUACACUAUUCAACUUUAAUUUAUAAUAAUAAAUGGAAAUUUAGGUCUAAAAAAGAUGUGGAUGUUGCUUCCGGUUACACAUACAGUACGAACACACACUGCCCGUCGUAAACACCCCCCUGGUGUGGUGUCAGCCAAACAGAUAAAAGUAUCUUGGGCUGUCUGAACCAGGUCAGUGUUUUACUUUGAUUCUGGAGGAAUAGAUGAUCACUAAAAGAUCCCUUUUCAAAGACGAUUUGCCAAAUAGACGUUUUUAAGUGCGACGUGAAGAAAACGCAUGUUUGAUAUUAACAGUUAUAUUUUACAUGAAAUAAAUUUGUUCCCUCAAAUUCAUAAUGAAACAAAUAUAAAAUAUGUAAUUUGCUUGUUUAAAUUUAGAUUUUCAGGUUUCUUUAAAUAAGUUUACAUUAUUAACUCAAGGUGACAUAAACUCUACCUUUAAUAUUUUAAACUGGUUUAUUUUCUUUCUUUGGAAUGUUUACAUGUUGACGAGCCGUCUUACUGUGUCUGUGAGAUUUAAAUGUUAUUAACUCGUUCAUCAUUUUAUAUUUUUACAUGUGUAACAAAUAUAAAGGCAGAGUUCACUUUAACGUGUAAUAACUUUUCCCAUCUUUUAAUAUUUACACAUAUAUUCACACAAUGUAUUUAUUAUAAAACGGCAAAACAAGCCCAUUUUAUUGAGUACCAGAAAAAAUAAUUUCAAUAAUAAACGUCAAUUCUGGAGAAAAGUGUUUUGUUCAUGACAAUUCUUGACAACAAAAAAUAUUUUUUAAUAAUUUGAGCGAAUACAUUCAAAUUAUUAUGUUGAAUAUUAAAUCAUCCCGUUUGACAAGUGGAAGAAAGAACUGUCUGAAAACAGCUUUAAAAUGUUGUCCAAUCAAACACUCGAUUUAAUUUGUCCCAUCAGUGUCAUAAACUCAUUUGAAUGAACGUGUGUGUGUGUGUGUGUGUGUGUGUGUGUGUGUGUGUGUGUGUGUGUGUGUUGCUUUGUGUUGAAAUUGCACGUUUUACUGGAUUAUUUUUUAAAUAAAAAAAAUCAUAUUAAACUCAAA